CCCCCCUUCCUCCUUUUCUUUCUUCUUUAUAUUUCAUGUGUUCCAUUAGCGAUCCCAUGGCUGCCGGCAUCUUUGAUUUUGUUAUGUGAAGGAGGCGUAAUAGAUAGAUAGAUACAGGGUGGGAUGGGCUCACUGGAUGAAACCACGCAACAGACCGGCUAGGAGCACGAAGAUACCAGAUACUAGUGGUUAUCUUUUACCGCUAAGUACUGCACUAGCUCGGCUACCCACUCGGCUAAGCGUCCUGUCCUCUGAAGAAUCAAGAAUGACAGGCCCCCGGCUGAUAAGGGAAAUGAACAUGUCACCGGCAUGCACUUAUCGUCGUCGGCCCAAGAGAGGGGAAAGAACGCCAUCGGAUGCAAUUGGCCGACUGGCUGUGCAGCCGUUCCUGCCCGCAUUGGCGCAGCUUAUCAUCAUCAUCAUCGGGACGCGGCAGGAACAAGGGGCAUGCAUUGCAUCCCUCAUAUCCUUGCUUCCACUAGCAAAUAGACGGUCUACGAUGACCCCCGCGAGGUCUUCUACCACUGGGAUAGAUAAUAUCUCCGUCUCGGAAAUUAUGGCCAGGCGCCCCGCAUACUAACUUACUAGUUAGUAGUCACGGACGUAGCAUGCAUCAUGCGUUGUGCCGUUUUCCCCGAGUUCCUUUUCCAUAGUACAAAUACCGUCCUCAACCCAGGGGACGAGUACUAACAGUAGCUUCUGUUAGCAAUACUCCUGGACAUCAGGCCUAUCCGCGACUGGAUCCUAGCGGUAGCAC